GGCAGUCACAGCAGAAGUCGGCGAGGGGGUGCCGCGUCGCGUGCCGUCCGCAGCUUUCGCGGCGCGUCGCACGUGCCACCCACACCUGUGUACAUAGGCUGGUGGCCGGUGUCGGACGACAAAGCUGCUUGAUACGAUCGGUUGCAGUGUGACGCGUGUGGUUGGGACUGGGGAGGUACGAACUCACAGUGGUGUGUAGUAGGCCAGAUGGGGCUGCCUGAGCUGAAGAGCAUCAGAAGGUUCGGCCUGGGACGGCGCAGCCUCAAGGAGCAGCCAGAGCGAAGGUCAUGGCGAGCUGCGGAAAGCGCUGCCACCACGGGUCGGGUACCGACAGAGGUGCGCGACCCGGCCGCACUCCGCGCCUACACCACACCCAAUAUCUGCGUCCAGGGAGGCCGCAUCGAGUUCAUCCAGCCACCGGUGGAGCGGCGGGAGCGGCCGGAGGAGCGCCCGGCGGCGGCCACUGUGCCCAGCUAUGGGGGACGGCGGGAGAGGUCACCACAGAGGGACGCGGGCCGGAGGGACGACCCGCCAGUAAGGGACGAGUGGAGAGAGCCCGCCCCAGAGAGGGAGCUGCCCCACCGGGACUUUGGGUCGCUGAGAGACGGUGAUCUCCGUUCUGUGAGUUGUCUGAAGGACAGGGACAUCAGAACUGUGUCGUCUCCUAGGGGAAGGGGAGCUCACACUCUAGCCUCUCUCAAGGAGAGGGAUCUCCACCACACAGUGCCAAAAGAACGGCCUCGGUAUGAGGUGUCCUCCCUCCGAGAGAAGGACAGUGGUGAGAUGACCCCUCUCAUUGAGGACGAUCAGGAGGACCCUGAGCCAGAGACCACUCUGAAGGGCAAGGAGCGGAAGGAGGAAAACAACCAGGAGGUGCGAAACACCCGUCCUCCCGCUCUGCCCGACCGGGGGUCACCCAUCAGGUCACCUACCCCAGGCAGAAAGGUCAAGGACAAGGUGGCCCAGUUCGAACAACUGGUCGUCCCCAGAGAAAGUCCACGACGAGACAGCGACAGCAGUGAGGCUACCAGCGCUCAGGGUACUCUGGAGGCUGAGAUCCAGAGCCUGGAGAUGGGCCUGGAAGAGCAGUGUCUGAACUUCAAACGCUGGAACCGUCUAGCCCAGAGGACAGCAGGAGAAUCUCGCGCCCGUCACAGCCGCCAACCUCUCAACAUGAGUGUCGAGAACGACCGCUGCCGCGACCGCAUCUUCUCCGUGCAGGAUGAGCUCCGGAGGUCGGAGGAGCGGCUGCGGGCGGCCGAGCUUGCCAAGACAGAGACGGAGGGGAAACUGGCGGCUAUGGAGGCUAUCGUCAAGGCACAUGAGAGGGAGCGCCAGUGCUGGCUGGGUCAGGUCCACCAGUUGACGGGUCAGCUGGAGCGGCUUCAGGCGGCGGCAGCUUCUACUGCUGAGACUGGGUCGCCGAGCCGAGCUGACCUCGAGGUCAGGGUCAGGUCACUGGAGGCAGAGCGUGAUGAGCUGGAACGCCGCGCCGAUCGCUGCCUGGAUGACGUCGCUAACCAGAUCGUCCAGGCGCUCUCCAGACAAAAGUCGCUGCAGAACAGUCUGAAGACAGUGAGGCGGCGUGUUCACCAGCUGGAGCACGAGAACGCCGUCCUCUUCACCCUGCUCGGCAGGCCGCCUCAACCAGUGACGUCACAACCACCGGUGACGUCACAGACAACGCUGCCGGCGCCGGCCCCGUCGGGUGGUUCAUCGGACGACGAGCAGCUGACUGCGGUCUGCGCCAAGGUGCGGCGGAUCCUGGAGGAGCAUUACGGCUCCUCUGGGAGCAGCGGGGAGGAGCCGCCGUCGGAGCCUCUGCGCUGGUCGCAGCUGGAUGGGCUGCUCUCCGAGGACGCCACACCGGCCCCCUGCCUUCUGUGCACUAGUCACACGGGUGAUACAAACUGCCGGCUGCAUCAGCCGAGCAGUGAUCAGCGCCGCGCGGCGGACGCGCCGGCAGGCUGUAGUUCGACAGACGGCCGCCAGGCGGCGGACAGUGAUGUGAUACGUCGACUCUGUGAGGCGGCGGACUCUGCCAACGCGGCGCAGCGGUUACUGCAGCGGUUACUGAGAGAGCUGGGAUCGGAACAGUGCUCGGUGCCGGGCGCCACCUCUCUUCCAAACCGAGUGCCGUCACCGUUACACCUCUCCACUGCCCUGACCGACUCGCAGAAAUAUGCCACACUGGGAGUACUGCCACUCGGGCUUCCACCUCUGCCGUCCGAGCUAUCACCGUCACCGGCGGGUACGUCACUCUCUGCGCUAACCUCAGAGCGUCUUCCUCCCUCCUCUGGUGCGAGAGCAAGCUCGUGUCCGCCGCACGGCGCCAGCCCUGCCUCGCGAGAGGACUCUCGCCGAGAAGAGGGACGCGAUGAGGGUUACUCUACCAUGUCGAGUGACGUUCAAGCCAAUGUGUCGGCUGAUUCUGGUGUAUCGCCGGGCCCGGCGUGUAUUGAGACAUCGUCGGACUCUCGACCCAGGCUAGAGGAUGUGCGAGAAGUCCAGGAAGAGGAUGGGAGGCCCUUGGCGUCAGCUGCUGUCACCAGUGCUCUCUCGGAGUCCGAGCGACCGGACCGGCCCGCUUCAGUGAGCUCCAGUGACAGCGAGGAUAUGCGCUGUCUCGUGGAGGCCUUGCGUCAGUCCUUGCGGCCCGGCCGGCGACUACACUUACUCGCUGAGACUGCCGGAGAGUCGGACGUUCUGUACCUGCCUCUGACGGGUCCUGCGGCUCGUCACAGCUGCCUGGUACCGGCCCGGCCGCGGCCUGUACACCGGUGCCGGUCUGACUCGAGACUGUGCGUCAAACGCUGGGCGGCUGAGGCGGCAGCCAGUAGACCGUGGUCAGGCCGCGCCCCGGAACGCUCAUCGUCUACGCUGGAGCUAGGAGCUGUGUCAACUCUCGACACCCGGCGAGCGGCGUCACUGAAACGGGCGGCCGGUCAGGCCAGUCUGGAGCGGGGAGGCAGCCCACCGACCACCUCAGCGUUUGUCCCGGCCGCUCUUCCAUGGCGAGACGACAGCUCAGAACUGUGGCGCAACUGUUUCAGUCUGGAGGCUCGAGAGAUGGAGGACUGGAGUCUGCACCUCUCAGCUGAGGAGCUGCGGUCUGAGUUGACGGAUGAAGCAGCGGGCAGCGAGAGACUGGCGGACAGCAGUGACUACAGUCGCGUCGGCUCCUUCCCAAACAUCCAGGAGGCGAUCCUGGAACUGGAGGAGGAUGCCAGCGAGUGUCUGUGGAACAAUGCCAGUUACAUGCACCAGCGGCCGUCCGGGCUGCCGGCGUGGCCUUACGAGCACCCUUCGGACGACCCACCUCCGCUGCCCUCGCCCGGGGCGGACCUGCGUAUCAGCUGGUCCAGCUGCGAGCACAUCAGUCUUGCCGACCUCAGGGAUGCCGUCCUCGACUUCAAUGAUAAGAACGACCUCAAGAGUGCCGAAUGUGAGAGUCGGCUCGAGGCUCAGGCUCAGGAGGAUCUGAAGCGGCACUCCAAUGGAAGUGACGCCAUGUCCUGUGCCAGCGUCGCUUCUGAAGACGAACGGCCCGAGAAUCUCGAGACGGAGUUCACCCGGGACUUUUACCGUCUCGUGAAGUAUGAGAGCUCCAAGAGUCUGGCACUGUCCGAGGCAUCAGCCAAGGGUGAUGACGAACCUUUGGUGUCCUCCGCCGACCGCGAACUGGCGCUAGCUUCCAUGCUCAACUUCAUCACUGAGCAACAGCGCUACAUCGCUGAACGCGAAACAGAAGACGCGGCGCAGGCGAGAGAGCCCAUCACCGACUCAGACUCUGCCUCUUACACGGCCAUGGAUCAGUCAACAUCGUCUGCCACAUCGGCAGCCACCACCGUCACCGCACCGCCGGCGACGACUGAACGAGCUUAUGACGAACGCGACGCGCUCGACUCGUCGAUCCAGCUGGCUCGGCUGGCGCAGCGGUGUGGCGAGCGGUCCCCACUGACGCCCGAGCGGGCGCCAAGGUCUGCUUGUUCUUCCUCGUCGCCGCCAUCGUCUGCGCCUUCGACGUCAGUACCGUCUGCUCCGAGUACUCCUGUGUGUGAAACUGUGCCAACUGUGACGCCCAAACCUGUCGUGUCUCCCGUCGCGGCGGCGGCCCCUGAGGUGAUAGUGUACCGGGCGGAGAUCUCUACCAACCAUAAGGAGUACACGCCGCCGGCAGCGAGAGUUGCGCAGAAGAAGAAAGGGAAGAUUGAGAGUAGAUGUCGAGCUGGGGCUGGAGCGAGGGAGAGUUCAAGGACAGGGACAUCAACAGCGUCGGCACCGGUAGCAGCUUCGGCGUCAACGCCUUCGUCUGCGUCUGCUUCGAUGACCACAUCGUCGUCCACUUCUACAUCAGUGUCACCAUCUACAUCGCUGUCUGCACCAGGAGCUUCCCCGAAGACGACGAAGGAGGUCAAGUCGGGCAUCCCUCGGAGUCCUCUCAUUGGGAAGCGAAAGCGAUCGGCGCCCAACAACAUCCCUCGCGUCCGGCCGCCGACAUCUCCCAAACUCACCCCACGGCUAAAGAAGGACGCGGUUCGGCCGGUGCCGGAGCCAGUGGAACCCCCACCGGCUCCGGCCCAGCCCGCUGCCGUCGCCUCCAAGCCGUCCUUCCCCUCACCCAAACUGCUGCGGCGGCUUCAUCCAGGGUCUUCCAAAAUCGCCGGCCGGAGCUCCUCAGAGUCGGCGAUAUCUCGGGGCGCGCGGCGAGCAGAGCCGGCGCCGGCGCCACGGUCGGACAGUCCGCAGCGCCGCGCCACCGCUCCGCCGGCUCCGGCGCGCGCCGCCGCUCGGCCCGGCUCACGGAUCCCUCGUCUGCGCGGCUCUCGCUCUACCGACUCGCGAGAGGCAGCCGGAGUAGCGGCGAGGGAAACUCGCGAGCUGCAGCGGACAGUCAGCGAGCCUGCCGAGAUGCCUGCGGCGCGGCAGAGUCCGCUGAUCGUCUCCGAGGGCGCCGUCACCAGCUUCCACCGGCGCGCCACCAGCCGGCAGCUGAUUGAUGAGCUGAAGCGGAUGUCGGCGCUGGAGCCGCAGGAGGCGUCGGCCCCGCCGCCGCUGGAGCCGCGCCUCCGGCGGGAGGGCUGUGACACCGGCUGGGUGCGCGUCGACCGCCGACUGGACCUGGGAAACGCGCAGGUGCGCUCGGAGCUCUAUGACGUCAUGCAGGCCACGCGGGGCUCCUCCGAUUCGUCCUCGUCGGACAGCGAGAGUGACGUCACACCGCGGUCAGCUGGCGACUAUCAGCACCUGAAGCUGCUGCAUCAGCAGCGCAGGCGAAAACAAGUGUCCCGGAGGAAAGAUGGCGCUCUCCGCUACACCCCCGUCUUCCGUCCACCAAUCAUGAACCGGCCAGAGUUCUUCUUCCGUUACGGGCCCCAGGAGCAGGCGGCGCUGGCCACGUUCGACUUCCUGGACCGGCUGCCGUCAGCCUCUUCCGCUGACGUCACAGCCGGUCGCCGGUGACGUCACCGGCGCAGUCGAGCUCAGUGUGAUCUUAUGACGUCAUUUUUACUUGUCUACGAGUCGGCGGCGGCCGCGUCUUUUGGCCGCCAUUUUGUCUAGUACAAUAGUGAUGUGCUGACGAGCUAAUGAUGCGCUCGAGUGUGCACUUGUUCGUACCUAAGUAUGUUUGGUUAGGAUUUCAGUAACAGAGGCUGCGUUAAGGGUGACGAGCUGGGCGUAGGAUGACUUAUGCGAGCUCCAUUCACUAGAAACCUCGAUUGUGCUAACCCGUGGAGACCAUAUUGUGUUUGUAUCGCAGGAGCAGGAUUCUGAGCGAACGAUUCAGAGUUUGAGCCUGUAGAGAGUUGGCAAUACAUAUUGAUAUGUAACGUGUAA